AUGGCGUCGCUGUCGCUCUACCUGCUCCUUCUCCUAGUUCUGGCCAUCGUCCCCUUGCUCUGCCUAAAUCGACGACGAUGGCGCCGAGCACCGGGGCAGCUGUUGCUUCCUCCGUCUCCGUGGGCCCUCCCGUUGGUGGGCCACAUGCACCACCUCGCAUGGGACCUGCCGCACCGCGCAAUGCGUGACAUCGCUCGGCGCCACGGCCCGCUCGUGCUGCUCCGCCUCGGCGCGCUCCCCGUCGUUGUUGCUUCCUCCGCGGAGGCCGCGCGGGAGGUCAUGGUGGCGCGCGACGUCGACUUCGCCAACCGCCCCAUGAGCCGCAUGGUCCGGCUUGUCCUCCCCGAGGGCGCUGAGGGGAUCAUCUUCGCGCCCUACGGCGACGAGUGGAGGCAGCUCCGCAAGAUCUGCACCGUCGAGCUGCUGAGCGCCCGGCGUGUCCAGUCAUUCCGCUCCGUGCGUGAGGAGGAGGCCGGCCGGCUGCUCCGGGCAGUGGCGUCCUCCUCUCCGACGCCUGUGAACCUCAGCGGGUUGCUGUCGGCGUACGCCGCUGACUCGUCGGUGCGCGCCAUCAUUGGGAGCAAGUUCAAGGAGCGGGACAAGUUCCUCACCCUGUUGGAGCGCGGGAUGAAGCUGUUCGCGAAGAUGAGCUUGCCGGACCUCUACCCAUCGUCGCGCCUGGCGAUGCUCAUCAGCCGGAUGCCCCGCCGGAUGAGGCGGCACAGCGAGGAAGCGGCGGCGUUCACGGACGCAGUCGUCCGAGAGCACCAGCAGAACCGCGCCGCCGCCGACGACGAUGGGGAUGACUUGCUGGACGUGCUCCUGAGGAUCCAGCGGGAAGACGACCUGCAGUUCCCAUUGUCCACUGACAAGAUCAAGUCGGUCGUCGGCGACAUGUUCGCUGGGGGCAGCGACACGGCCGCGACGACGCUGCAGUGGACCAUGGCCGAGCUGGUGAGGAACCCCAAGGUGAUGCGGAAGGCGCAAGACGAGGUCCGACGAGCGCUCCACGGACAGCCCAAGGUAACAGAGGAAUCCCUGGCCGACCUCAACUACAUGCGCCUGGUCAUCAAGGAGGCACUCCGCCUCCACACACCGGCGCCGCUGCUUAUACCGCGGGAGUGCCGCAAGGACAGCCAGGUCCUGGGCUUCCACGUGCCCAAGGGAACCAUGGUGCUCGUCAACGCCUGGGCCAUUAGCAGGGACCCCGCACACUGGGACGCGGCUGAGGAGUUCGUCCCGGAGAGGUUCCAGGGCGGCGAGGUCGACUUCAAGGGCGCGGACAUGGAGUACACCCCGUUCGGAGCCGGCCGACGGAUGUGCCCUGGGAUGUCGUUCGGCCUGGCCAAUGUGGAGCUCGCGCUCGCCGGACUGCUGUACCAUUUCGAUUGGGAGCUUCCUGGACGGGCGGACCCCGGGGAGCUUGACAUGACGGAGGAGAUGGGCGUUACCGUGCGGCUGCGCCAUGACCUUCUUCUCGUUCCCGUGGUCCGAGUGCCGGUUCCACUAGAUUAG